AUGGCGGAAGCCUCCAAUUCCGCCGCGGCUUCAGGCCAGCCGGCUGCCUCGCACCCUACUCCCAAACCCCCAAACCCAGCGUUGAGGAUGCUUGGGCUUCCCAACCUUCGCCUCAAGCUCCCCUCUCGGAAUUGGAUGAUUUUUUUCACAAUCACCGGAUCCUUCGCAGGCGCCAUGAUAUACGAUCGCAGAGAAAAGAAGCGCGCACAGAAGAAAUGGUGUGAUCUGGUGGCACAUCUUUCCAAGGAAACCCUGCCCGUUGAGCAGACACGCCGAAAGCUCACAGUCUAUCUGUCCGCUCCUCCCGGUGACGGUCUCCGGAUUGCCCGAGACCACUUCAAGGAAUACGUUAAGCCCAUCCUGGUGGCUGCCGCGAUGGACUACAAUGUUAUCGAGGGAAGGAGAGAGGGAGAUGUCAGAGCUGGUACUGCAGAGCGGAUUCGCAAGUUGAGACGGAAAUCUGGCGAGCCAAGCACAGUCGAGCCGGAAAUCGGCGUCGAAGAAGUCGUGGCUGAUGCGAGGGAGAAGAUUGGGGUGUACGAUGAACCUGGCCCCAAGGGUGAUAUUGUCAUUGGACGCCAUACGUGGAAGGAAUAUAUCCGGGGUCUUCACGAGGGCUGGCUUGGUCCCCUAGAUCCUCCCUCACCACCACCCCCGGCUGCUGUAGAGGCAGAAGUAGCAGAAGUCCCUUCUCCGACGACUUCAGAGGUGGCAGAAACAGGAAGCUCUGAUGAUGCUUCUCCUGCUGCUCCUCCCGCAGCUGAGGCCGCAGCUGAGCCUUCGGAAGAAAAGAAAGACACCCCCGAGAACACAGAAAACAAGGAUGAAAAGAAGAAGCCAACUGGCCCGACUCCAGCAUACAUAGCACCCGCCGAAUAUUCGUCACAAGCCAUUCCUCGUACCUUCCCGGAGUCCCUCGACGGCUCCGUCCCGAUUGCUUUCCCUCAUCUUCUCGGAUUCUUGAACACUCCUAUUAGAAUUUACCGAUACUUGACACAGCGUCGUCUUGCUGAAAGUGUGGGACGCGAAGUCGCAGGCAUUGUUCUUGCUUCUCACACCAGACCAUACCAAGACGGUUCCGGCGCAGAUGUCGGUGUUGAUGCUGCUCCCUCCCAGGACUCUUCAGACUCCUUACUAGGUGUCUCCUCUAGAAACCAUGAGCAACAAACAGUUCUCGAGAUCGAGGAAGAGGAAUGGCACAAGUCGGUGCACAAGCGCGAUGAGUCCAACCCCGACAAGGAGCGAGAGUGGCUGGACGAUGUCGUCCUAGACCCCCGCAUUGCAUCCCGCAUGCAGCGCUACACCCUUUCUCCCGAGGAGGAGGCCCGCUCGCAACGUCUUGCAGAAGGUGCUGAGUACAUUUUGGGCGAGGAGAGACCGCCCCAUGUUUCGUUCUGGAAGCGUAUGUGGGUCACCUACGGAUACGGAGAGGACGAAGAGACCAUCAAGAGGAAGCCCAUCCUCGGUAACAUUGACGGAGAAGAAGAUGAAUAG